AUGUCGUUUAAAGUAAGUUGGCAAUUCACGAGCCUUUGACAGAGUAAAUAAUUAUUGAUUCGAGUACCUAAGGAAUGUCAGUUAUAACUGUAGGGCCCGGAUUUCAAUGCAAAAUGCAUCUUUUUUCUAUUGAUAUUAGACAAUGUUUUCCAAGUACGUAAUUGGAUUCGUGUAAUCCAAAGUCUCUCUUUUUUUUUUCAUUUUUCAAUGUUUUUUUUCAUUUUUAGAGCAUUUUUUGAUCAUUUUUUUUUUUUCGUUUUAUUACAUGUUUAUACAAUAUACGAUUAUAAUAUUACGCAGUAUCUGUACAUAAUUUACGAACAUGAUACGACUUAAUAAUUUAAAUUUAGCUAUUAACUAUUUAGCAUUCAAUACUAUCGUCGCUAUAGUAACAAGGCAAAAUUUUCAAUUUUAUAAAUUGACCAAUAAAAUAAUAAAUUAAAAAAAUGUAUGUAAUUUUUAAUGGCAUUUUCGCGGUUAUUUUAGAGUAUUUUUCGAAGAUUUUUAACGCAUUUAAAUCCGGCCCUAGUUAUAACUAUACUCCGUAUACAAUUGGUUACAAACAAAUGUUAAUAUAUGAAAUAAAAUAAUUACCUCAACUGUAGUAUAAUGAUUAACUCGAAGAGAACGUCGUACCCGCAUGCGCUGUGUCCGUCAUACAACCACACGACAUUACAAAUGUUUUUUCGGCAGGGACAGCUCUGUGCUGUUAGUUUUAAAAUUUGAGUAAAUUGAUUUACUAUCAAACUCAAAGAUACAAACAUCAUCUGUAUCGUCUCCUCGGUUUUUUUUUUUCACUAAUUUAAUUUUCAAAUGAAAUAUGAUCAUAUAAAAUAUCACGAUUGAAAAAUGCUUAUAACUCACUUAAAAAUUAAAAUAACGAGAAAAGAAACGACGCAAAGAUAUACAAUGUCAAUAGUAUCUUUACGUUUAAUAAUUACUGGUCAAUUCACUUUAAGCAGCACAUUUGGAUAUGACGUAGACAUAAAUUAGAUGACUUUACAUAUUAUAAUAAAAACAAUUUUUUUUUUCUCGGUAGGUCAGUAAACGCUCCUGCUCUCUGUACUAUAACGUGAAAUUGUAAUAAUACUAAUUAAAUAAACAAUUUUUGUAAUGUUAAGUAAGUACUUACAGUUGGUUUAGUUGGAUUUGAGUAUUUUUUCCAUUUUUAUCUAAAGUGUGAUAAAUGGUCUUUCAUAGACUUUAACGAAAUUGUAAAAUACUUUGUUUUGAUUUUUGUAGUAUGUAUCGCUAAAACUAUCUAGGUUAUUAAGGAAGUCGAUUUUCAGUUUCCAAAACAUUAUUGUUGACAAUUUCGUGAAAUAACCACAUUAUAUAUUUGUAUUUAUUUUGGAUUUUAAAUGAAGAUACAAUACUGUUUGUGGGACGGAUUGGUGUCAACAAAUAUAAAUACACUGGCUUUUUAAAAACAGUAGAGCAUCACUGCAGUUGGUUUCGGUGACAAAACUUACUUGGGUAGAAAAACAGUAAACUGCAGUGCCCGGGUUCUUUUGCCGAUUUUGCGUCCCCUUAUUAUUUUACCACGCAGUUCCCUGCUUUUUUUCGACACAAACUAGUUUAUUAAUUAUUUUUAUUUGUUUCUCUAUCUACCCGUUUCCAUUUAUAUAAUUGUUAUUAUUUACUUAUAUGUUGGAUAAAUAAUUAUGUUCUUAAGCAUUUCCCAUUCGUUGGCGCCGCGACACUGACAUUGGCAAUAAUGGCGAUGGCGGUGACUGCGGUCGAAGACGCCACUGCCGAAGACACCGCUGCCGAACCGUCGCUGUACUCGGCCGCGUACCUGCCGCACAACCCGUACGAGAGCGCAGUGGCCAGCACUUCGACCAAUAUCAUUCGGGCCCCCGGCAACCUCGGGCACGUGGCCGCGUUCCACAAAACUGUCGAGACGCCGUUCUCGUCUGUCCACAAAUCCGACGUGCGCUUCACUAAUGACGUGCAACCAUACCCAUACGCCGCCGGACCGCACCCGUACGUUGCCGGACCGCACCCGUACGCCGCCGGACCGUACCCGUACGCCGCCGGACCGCAUCCGUACGUCGCUGCUGCGGGACCGUAUCCGUACGCCAGCGCAGCCACUGGACCGUACCCAUACGCUGCAGCCCCGAUUAAAGCGCACGGUUACGUUCCGGUCAAAGCACACGGUUACGUCCAAGCCGCACCGUUACCGUACGGUUACGGUCCCGUAACCGCUCCGGUCGUAACGCCACACUCUGUCUCCCACGCUAGUUUCUCUGGACCGUACGGAUCUCACUAUUCAUAUAGAAGAUGA